AUGGCCGAGUUAACAUGGGAUAGAAGCUUAUUACCGGAAUCGCGACCCUUGAAGACCGUUAGAACCAUGUCGCCGCAACUCCAGACCCGGGAUUCUCGCUUCGAGCCUUGCGCCUCCACGGCCUCGCUGUUUCUAUAUGCACAGGGCUCGACGAUCCUGUGCAUCCACCAUGACACACUAGCUGUGGAGCGUCGGUUCGAUAGUCACCAGGAAGAUAUUGACUUUAUAUCCGUGGAUAAUGUGAGCGAACGCGGGGCGGGGCGAUUGGUCGUGAGCUACGAUGUUGGCCAAACGGCAAUUGUGUGGGAUAUUUUCACAGGCACGGAGAUCGCACGCUUUGCUUCGUUUGAGCUUUUGCGAGUUGCAUCAUGGAUGCGCAAUGGAAAUCUUGCAUUCGGAAACGGCAAAGGCGAAGUGAUUUUAUUCGAGCCUCCCACCUCUGAACACACCUCUGCGCGCACGAUCUUUGAUCCCAUUACAGCACUCGCACCAGCCACAGACUGCCGGACAUAUGCGAUUGGGUAUCAAAAUGGGUCUGUCUUGAUCGCAAAUCUCGUUCCCCAAUUUACCAUCCUCCACACCCUGACCACCUCCCGUGGACCCUCGUCGAUUCUCUCGCUCGCCUGGCAUGCAUCUUCUUCAAAGCAGAAAUCGGACAUGUUGGCAACGCAGGCUUCCAAUGGUGAUUUGAGGGUUUGGAGUGUGGCGAAGCCGCCAGGCAAAGAGUCGCCGCGAGUAAUCCGGGUGUUAAAACGAUCAGAUUCGAAUUCUACGGAUCCCAAGUGGAUGGCAUGGUCAAAAAAUGGAAGAAUCAUUCAAUAUUUGGAAGGUGAAACAUGGUCCUGGGAUGUUCGAACAAAACACGUCACCUACGAGCCGAUUCCCACGAUUGAAGGUGUCCGAGGCAUGGCAAACUACGGUCCUACCGCAACACUUUUCACCAUUGGUCCCCAGAAUACAGUGCAGCAGUACGAUCUGGAUAACCCUGCGAUGGUCGCUAAUGUGCAACACGCUCCAGUCAGCACCCGACCUGUAGUAUCCGAGGACGGCCGAUCACGAGCCAUGUCCCCGCGUCGCCUGCAAGAUCCUCCAAAUAUCAGAGAAAAAGGCAACGGAAGACGAACUCCGCUCGAUGCAAAUGGAAUCGACAGCGUGAAUCAACAGAGAGCGGACCUCAUUAGCCCAGCCUCAUCAAGGAGCCGGACCGAGUCAGUUAGCUCGAAAGCCUCCUCUGGGAGGUACAAGCUGGAUCGCCCAUUUUCACCACCCAGUCGAUCUGGUCAGAGUGCUACUACAUUCUCAUUGACGUCGGCUAGUCGAGAUACUCCGCAACCCUCGGCAUCAUUCCAGUAUGCAUCGUCAGUCUCGAUGUCAUCGGUAAAAAGCUCCCGUGCCGGAUCGCGAUUGCGCAAUGAGGUCCACAGGAGUCCUGCCGAGAAGAAUAUUGUUGAUCUUUUCCCUUUUACUCGUGCUCGGUUGAAUGAUGUGCCUUACAAGCAGGCACCGCCUCUUGAUGAGACUCAUUUGACACCUGAAAAUUUGCGGCAGCAAAUGCUGAGCGUUGUUUUUGGCUGGGAAGGAGAUAUUCAAGAUCUGAUUAGAGAUGACCGACACGCAGUCGGAAGCCAAAGUGCCAUUCUUCUGGCACAAUGGCUCGGUGAGACCGAUUCAGACCAGAUGGCCGCCAUGAUAAGCCACGGACCAGUGACAACUGCUGACUGGAUGCUAUUGGCAUUGAGUCAAAUGAGCGGCCAGGCUCAAGCCAAUAAGGUUGGUCAGGCAUUUGUGCAAAAGUUGCUGGAGAUGGGAGAUGUCCACACAUCCGCCUCGAUUCUUCUCGGCCUCGGAGACAGCAACGAUGCCAUUGAGGUUUAUGUGUCUCGCAAUCACUUCAUGGAGGCCAUCCUGAUGACAUGCCUUCUGAUGCCAUCAGACUGGCAACGUCAGUCAUAUCUCGUUCGCCGUUGGGGAGAGUACGUGGUAUCUCAUUCCCAGCAGCAGCUCGCCAUUCGCUGUUUCAUGUGCACUGGCGCUGAGCCCACCGAGCCUUGGACUUCGCCAGCCGCUCAGCAAGCCGCUUCCUUUGCGGAAGUCAUUCGAGGAAAAUCACCACUAGCUUCUCCCGACCCAAUGCAAUCCAGCUCAAGCUUCAUCCCUCCUCCAAAUCGACCGAGGUCAGCAUCGAAUCAACGAGGAGCUGGGAAGACUCCCGCACUCAAGCUUAUCACCUCGUUUGAUUCGGAGCCGAGCCAGCGUUUCCGAUUCCCUGGUCUCAAGAGUGACGAUCGAACACCGACGAAUGCACCGGGUGUUACCCCUAUCGCGGAAUCUGCUGUGGCUGAUUCAGCUUUGUCUCCCGGUGGCUUAGGAUCCUGGAAAUUGAACAAUAUUCAGAGUUUGAGCCAAGCCAUGACUUCUCGAACAAGCACACCAGCCUUUAACCGACGCCGUCUUCCUUCAAUAGGCGAGACUCCAGUUGAUGUGCAUCCACCUGCCUUUUCACGUUCGGGCUCCUACAAUAAAUCUGGUUAUGGAUCAACCUCCGAAAAUGACGAGACGAGUGGUCAUGAGCAGAUUCAAGACGAACAAAGUGGUGAUGGCGGGCUAUUACUGUCUGCUACGCGGUACAACCCGGACGGUGAUUCCCUCAAGCCAAGUCCCCAGACUGCUGUUCAAGCCCCCGACAAAUUUGCAACCAUGAAGGGUCUUCCGUCUCCAGGUCCCAGUCUGAUUGAAGCGCUGAGAGAACACUCCGAUAUUCGAAACGGCUCGCGGGAUCGCAAACCAGAUGGACUACAGAUCGAGUUGGUGCAAGCGGAAGAAUCCCAGUCAGACGAUCGGGAUCAAUCAGACUUGCUCCCUAGUGCAAAAAGUUUUAAUUCGACUCUGAACAGCUGCAAUUCGGCAAAGAGUCCCAGUGUUAGCGGCCGCAGUAUCGACCAGUACAUCAGCAGCCUAGAAGAGGCAAACUACCAUGUGAAGAAGUACCGGAGUCAUCGCAGCCAUGGUCGUGAAAGAAGAAACACAGAUGAAACGGCCAGCCAGAGUUCGCGCAUUCAUCACUCUCGUGACCCAUCGCAGGAAACUCGCGGUAGGAAUGAGCGCCGAUACAUUCAGCCUGCGAAGCGGUCCCCUUCCUCGCCUGUGCCCAUGUCUCCUGAAGAAUUGGCUCGAUACCACAUCGGAGAACCAGACAGACCGGAAGAAUCUAGGAAGUCGCAGUCGCGUGCCAGAAGCAGCAGCAAGGUGAAAAAAGCGGGUUCACGGAGCCGUCAAAACUCUGCCAGUCGAAAUGCAGCGAACCACAAGGGCGGAGACAAACGUGAUCCUUCUUCUCGUGGUCGUAGCGUGGACCGUCACAGCUCUGCUGUCCGAUCCCCAUCGUCGCCACUGCCAAUGUCUCUACCAAACCCGGAUGCAUCUCAACAGGAGAAUGUGGAUGAUCCAUUGAGGAUCGUCGCUGGGAACCGGGAACGUCUACGCUCUCGUCACAGAAGCGCUAGCCGUCGUCGAGGAACAAGCUCGAGACGGGAACCAUCUACAGAGUCCAGACACAAAGCUUCUUACAGUCAGCCUGGGAUCCACCAGAUGCCUGAACCACAGACUCCUGCCGAAUCUCAGGGUCUGGAGCUUCUCAGUGCCAAAACGUUUGGACAACGCGAUGAUUUCGCCCAUGUAAUGGGCCAACACAAGUCUGAUUCAAACGAUGAGGCUCAGGAUCUGGUAUCUCCGACGACACCGUUCGUCAGUUUGGCCGAGAGGAAGAGACGAGAGCUGGCAGCAGCUGAACUCGAAGCCCGUCGACUUUCUCUUGCGCGGAAUCCUUCUGCGCCUAACAUCCCAUUUCCGGGAGAGUUGCAAUCUGCUCGAAGCCCAGUGGAAAGCCCGCCUCCAUUCCACGGCAACACAUACUUCCCUCGAGUCCCAUCCCGAAACAAGAUCCCUCCAAGCAAGAACUCGCCAGAGUAUCAGAGCAGCUCUGAUUCCAGCUCGUCUCGCUCCGGCAUGCCUGUUGGACUUCCUGCAACACCGAGAGCCAUGCGGCAUCCCAAGUACGGGGGCGGCUACGAAGAAGAACGGCCUCCUUCUGUCCCUGCCCUUCCCACGGACAACUUUGGAGGCCUCCUCUUAACAGAUACCCGAUACCAAGGCGAAGCCGAACGAAUCGGCCGUUCCAUGUCCGUCCCAAUGCCCCAAGACCAAAUCCGCAAUGCCGCCCAAGUACCCUCGGACAUCCCAAUGCACCCACGCUUCAAUCCAAACCUCCCACGAAGCCGCUCCAGCAGCCGCAGCCGGAUGGGCCACCGACGCACCAGCUCCGGCGGCUACGCCUCGGGCACCUCACCCCACGUCACUGUUAGCAUUGAAGAAACAAUUGAAAACGCAUUGCAACGACCCUCAGUACCCCAAGUCGAGUUGAUCCCUCCACCACCUCCACCACCCCCAAUCCUCCCCGAGCUUCAGCACCUCAAGAACACACCCCCACCGCCACCCCCAGCACCCUUCCACGAAGCCGUGUCACCACGUGAGUCAUCCGCUACUAUUGACAUUGCAAUCGACAACAACGAAAUGGGCCAUCUUCUCCCUCGCGCUAUGACCGCCGCUCCGGCGCUAAGCAGCACCGAGAAUCGCCAGUUCGUUGGCAGACGCAUGUCAUUCGACCAUCGUCGGAACAGAAGCUCGAACGAGAGUUUCACGAACAAGUUGCGCAGCUUGACACGCAUGCGAAGUAAUAGCCGCAGUGUGGAACCGUGGACAAGCCAUCAUGAGACUGAGAUGCCGUAUGAGAAUGUUCAUUCGCAUGGGCAUACUUAUGUCAAGGGCGAUCUGACGAGCUUCUGA